CACAAGCUACCAUGUUAUGUAAAUAAUAGUAAGAAAUAAAAGAAAUCACCCAUAACCCAUCUAUAUCAAAUGCAAUAUGCCGUGGCAGGAACCUUGAAUAAGAAAGCAACCACGUAGAUUGUAGAUUCAGAUUAAUUUAGAGUCUGUAAUCUCUAUAUAAACCACCAAUACCAUUGCCUUCGAUUCAUACCAAUUUACUUUUCUCCCUCAAACAGACACACAUACCUCAACAAAGCUUUCUUUGAUAACAAGAAAAUGGUUUCCACUAGCCAAAAACAACACAUAUUGGUUCUGUUCCUCCUCCUUGCACUUGCUGAUAUUACCAAUGUCAUGUCCCGAAAACUGUAUGAGUCGCCAUCUUUACAAGAAAGACACGAGCAGUGGAUGUCAGAAUAUGGAAAAUUGUAUAAAGAUGCUAUUGAGAAGGAAAAACGUUUCAUGAUAUUCAAAGACAAUGUUGAGUUCAUUGAAUCAUUCAAUGCAGCUGACAACAAACCUUACAAGCUAAGUGUUAAUCACCUAGCUGAUUUGACUCUUGAUGAAUUUAAGGCUUCCCGUAAUGGUUACAAGAAGAUUGAUCGUGAGUUUGCUACAACAUCAUUUAAGUAUGAAAAUGUCACUGCUAUUCCGGAAGCUGUAGAUUGGAGAGUAAAAGGAGCUGUCACUCCAAUCAAGGAUCAAGGUCAAUGUGGGAGCUGCUGGGCAUUUUCAACAGUGGCUGCAAUCGAGGGUAUCAACCAAAUAACUACAGGAAAACUAAUCUCCCUCUCAGAACAAGAGUUAGUUGAUUGUGACACAAAAGGUGAAGAUCAAGGAUGUGAAGGAGGAUUAAUGGAAGAUGGAUUUGAGUUUAUCAUUAAAAAUGGUGGAAUUACAAGUGAGACUAAUUACCCUUAUAAAGCAGCUGAUGGAAGUUGUAACACUGCAACAACUGCCCCUGUGGCUAAGAUUACAGGAUAUGAGAAAGUUCCGGUUAAUAGUGAGAUAUCACUUCUCAAAGCUGUGGCGAACCAACCAAUAUCAGUUUCUAUUGAUGCAAGUGACUCAAGUUUCAUGUUUUACUCAAGUGGAAUUUAUACAGGAGAAUGUGGAACUGAGCUAGACCAUGGUGUUACUGCUGUUGGUUAUGGUAGUGCUAAUGGGACUGAUUAUUGGAUUGUGAAGAAUUCAUGGGGCACUGUGUGGGGUGAGAAAGGGUACAUAAGGAUGCAAAGAGGUAUAGCUGAUAAGGAAGGCUUAUGUGGUAUUGCAAUGGAUUCUUCUUAUCCAACUGCUUAACCUGUUGAAUUAUGUAACUUGUGUCUCAAGCUUGUAUUUUAACAACAUUAAAUAUACAUUUAUACGAAAUCUGAACGGUUGUUAUUUGAACAUCAAAA